AUGAUGGACGCACCACCACGUAAUUGGCCUGAACUCGUUGGUAAAGACGGCAGAGAAGCUGUGGAAAUCAUUAAAAAAGAUUCAGGUCUGACCAAUGUUCCAAUUGUUGGCCCAGGCAUGAUGGUUACUAUGGAUUAUCGAAUAGAUCGAGUCCGAGUACAUGUCGAUCAACAGGGCAAAGUCGCAUCUCCACCAACUGUUGGCUGA